AAUAAUGUAUUUGAUUUAUAUAGCGCUUUUCUCACAAUCAGUCCUUGGUUACCUCCAACAUAGGUUUGCAACGGUGCUGGUAUUUUUUUAUGGCCUUGUGUUUUUGAGUUCUGCUCCCCUGGUAGGUUUAGUCAGCGGGUUCUGUUUAGGGAAACCGUUGUGCUCUCAACAAUAGCGUGGUGGUGAAAGUGGGCAGAGCUCUAUCUAGUAGAGCUCAGGAACACCUCAGUGGCUCCGGGGGGUCGCUGGUUUGUCCAGUUGCCUUUCCUACCCACUGAUUUUGUGUGUAUAAUAACCAUUCGCAAGUAACCACUUGAAGACUAGGGUGGAGUUAGAUAGUUUGUGGUUGAGAUAGAUGGGGGAUUGAACUCUGUUUUCUUUUGGGCCAUUUUUUUAAGUUGGACCAGGCACUGUCCAGACCAGACUGUCCUCUUCUUUUUGUUAAGUGAACAGAAUGGGAUCUUUAGUAGAGGAGUUUAUUGAGGCUCCUUCAGAGGAGUUAUUGGAUAAUGUACCAAGGAACAGUUAUUAAAGCUGGCAGAACACUUUAAUAUUGAUUUGAUUCUGGCUUGUUAUUUUAGAGAAUGGAUCGGGAAGACGUGAAGGAAGAAAUUGUUUCAUUUUUACCGGGCCUCUCUCUUGAAACCCUGACUUCCCUGCUGGGAGUGUUGGAAGAGCUUGGCGUGGAGAGCAGGGCAGACCUUGCCUUUGUAGAAGCGAAGGAUCUGGAGAAGUACCUCAGACCAAUCCAGUGUCGCAGACUGCUGAACGGCAUUAAGAAUAAAGAUCUUCCACCAGUUGAAGUAGAAGAUCAUGUUGCUGUCGAAUCUCCACCCCUCACAAGUACUCCCUUGUCAAGUUCCGAAAUAACUUCAAACUCUUCCUUUUCAUCAUCCACCAUGCCUGGCAGGCCAUGGUAUACUGACUUCCGGGUCCGAUGGGAAGAGAUGCCAGCAGCUAUUGGCAAAGCGACGGCAGAUGAAAAAAGGCCAUCACCAGGGGACAGAAGAGACAUGAUAAAGACAGUGGUGGACCAAAUGUUAGUGCAUGAGCAAAACCCAACAAGAGCAACAUGCCACACGAUCGCCCGGAUGAUUGUGAGAGACUGGCCAAAAAGCUUUGCCGAUGUCGGACAAAAGGGAGAUAUGCUGGGAGACGGCUGCUACUCCCUUUUGCAACAAAUAAAAACAAGAGUUGAAUACAAAAAUAGGAACCAAACUCUUCAAACUCGGCGACGCAGGCAGCGCAGGCCCUCCAAUGUGGCGGCAGAGGGGGCAAUCGCAAUGGCCAGAGGCCCAGUAGACCAGUACGGUUGUGUACGGUGGUGUCCGGAAGAACUUCCUGCUGGAGAGACGGAGGCAACCUUGGAAGAAAAAAAACAACAACUACUGAACAUCUACGCAGAGGGAGGGAUGGGAGGGGCAGAAACGGCUGAACAUCUGAUGGAGAAGACCUACAUCACCCAGCGCCAGUUCAUAAACAGGGUGCCUGCACCAGCCAUUGCUGAGAUAAAGGAGGAUUGGCCAUUCCUAUUCUCGCAGAGAGGCCUUUUCUCCCACUUCAGUCUGCUGACGGAUGUCUCCAUACAAACAAAGUAUGAAGAGGCUAUGAACAGCAAGGGCAGUACCAUCAUUCGCUUUUGCCAGCAGCUCAACCGUUCAGGGAUCAAGGACGUCCUCGCUAAAUACGAGCCAGAGGCGUCAGACAAGGCUGCAUGUGUCCUUCUGCUACUGAUGGCAUAUUUCAAAGAACCGAAGAAUGCCAUCAUGCUUGAGGCUGAUGUAAGUUGUUUAAAAAAGAAAAAAGCAGGUUGUGAUUGUAUUAGACAGUUACUGAAACUUCUUUCCUUGCUCAUUGCACCCAACUUCUUUACAAUAGCGCUUUAUGUGUGUUCAUUGUUCUUUUCAGGUGACAUGAUGAAGCCAACCGCAUGGAUGCUCAGCAUUGAACAGAAGGUUGUGGUGGGACCACACCACUCCUUCAGCAACGGAAUAGCUGCAAUGUUUGCAAGCUAUUAUUGCUUCAACCUGCAGUAUCCUGAGGAGGGCUCCUCCACUUUGGAGUUUAUCCAAAGGUGCUUCUUGAGCAUCAAUCCAGAGAGGGGCUCCAAAGCCAAGAAAAAGCGCGGGUUGAUGAACCCACAUGUGAGCACACUCUUGAGGAAGAUAUUGGACUUCGAAUGGAUUUCAAUGUAGGGU